AUGACUUCAACACUCGACGCUUAUAUGAAUCGAAUAACCACAGUUUUGACAGGUGAUGGAAGAUGCAUUAUCGGCUUGCUCAAGGGCUUUGAUCAGCUUGUUAAUUUGGUGCUAGAAGAUGCUCACGAAAGAAUUUACUCGGAAACUCGAGGAGUCGACACUGUCCCAUUGGGAUUGUAUAUAAUUCGUGGAGAGAAUGUAGCUGUCGUCGGAGAGGUCGAUGAGGAAAUCGACAAGCGCAUCGAUUUGGAGAAUGUGAAGGCUGCCCCAUUGGCGCCAAUCUGGAUCCCGCAAUAA